AUGUACGCCAAAGAGUACCAAGUGCAAAAACUAGGUAUAAUAUUUUGCCUUUUAGCACGAACAGUGUUUGCAUUUUUUUCAAUUUUUCAAAAUCUCAUUUUCAGUGGCCUCAGUUUAUGCAUGUCAGCCAAUUAUUUGCAAUGUUUAUGAUUUUUAAAGACGUUAUUCUUGGCGAGCCAAAUCGUGUUUUAACUUCGUCUGAUAUACAGGGGGUGCCAAUCCGUACAUUAUUGUAAAAAACGAAAAGAUACCUCUGAAUGGGUAUGCUCAAACGAAAACAGAAUUCUCGGGCAACUGCAGGACCGUGUAUCUUCUAAGUCCAAUUCAGAGCUUUGAAAAACUCAGAGGCGAGGCCUACAGAGCUGUGAUAAAGUAAGUCUUAAGUGAAUUGGUAACCUAACCAAGUAACAAAAGCAUUAAUCUCUUACGUUACGCCUGUAUAUAGUUAAAUGGUACCAUGUUUCGGAAAUCUAUAUAUUUAAGUGUCAUGCCUACAUUUUUUUCAUUUUAGGUACUGCAACUCUCACCCCUGA